GGUAAGAUGGCAGAGAGUGGGAGUGGGGGGGACUGAGGAUAGGAACAUGACGUUGUCGGUUGUUCAUAACUCACAACUUCUUUCACUCUCUCUCUCUCCUCUUUACUUUUUUUUUCUUUCUUCUUUAACCCUUAACUUCUCUCUCAUCAUCAUCAGCUUCUCCUCAAGCAACCAAAUCCUCAGCUGUCUCUUUGCUGGAUGCAUAAACCCUUAACCACCCUCACCAUUUCCCUUAACCCUAUCCCUAAUCUCUCUUUCACUAUUUAAAUCUAAAAAUGAGAUCUUGCUUUUUAAUUUCUUCCUCAUUUCCUUAACCAUCUUGAGUUAAAUCCCACUUCUUUCAAGAACAUGGAUUUGAAAAAUUCAACUUCUCUUUUCGGAUCCGAUUCAUCAACUGAUCUACAAGAUCAACUACCUGAUUCAACUCAAAGGGUUCGUCUUAAACCUCCCGGAUCCAGUUUCAAAGCACUGUCUCUCUCUAGCCCAACAACAUCUACAGCUAGGUAUAGAGAAUGUCUCAAAAACCAUGCCGCAACUUCCGGCGGAAACGUCCUCGACGGAUGCGGCGAGUUCAUGCCCGCCGGAGACGAUGCCUUGAAAUGCGCAGCCUGUACCUGUCACCGGAAUUUCCACCGUAAAGAACCGGAAACAGUCGUCGACAUAGGUGGUUUCGCUUCCAUGGUUCACCCUCUACAACUUCCACUUUCUCUACCGUCUCCGUCGCCGGUGAAACAUGGGAACCGUCACUGGAUGGGGCCUCCGGUGAAGAUCGCGUUCGCCGGUGGAGGAGGAAGUGGGGGUGCGGAAUCAUCAAGUGAGGACUUGAAUUUCAAUGUUUAUCAUUCGGGAGGUGGAACGCCGGCGGACCCACAUCCGACGAGUUUUGUUUCUUCGAAAAAAAGAUUCCGGACGAAAUUUUCGCCGGAGCAGAAAGAAAAGAUGCUGGAUUUCGCGGAGAAAGUUGGGUGGAGAAUCCCUAGAGAAGAUGAUCCAGAUGCCCAACGGUUCUGUCUAGAAACUGGUGUGAAAAGGCAUGUUCUUAAAGUUUGGAUGCAUAAUAAUAAGAGUGCAAAGAAGGUGAUUGGUCAGCAGCCAGGAGAGAAUGAAUGAAAUUGAAAAUUUAUGGAAUCAAAUCUGAGAAUGUUUAUUUUAGUAGUAAAACAUGUUAAUGAGAUCAUAUGUAAUAAUAAUGAUAAUGUAUUAUUGUUUGUGGGAACUAAUUAAGGAUGUUCUUAUUUGUGUUUAAUGUUUGUACUAGUAGAGAGGGAGAGAGAAGAGUAAGUAGGGGCAGUAAACAGCAGUAGCAAGAACAAAGCUUUAACAGUAUUUGUUUCUACGAGGUGUGGUGUAGAGUUUGAUUUUGAUGCAAUAGCAUUGUUGUCUUUUUCAAUAUUUUUAU